ACUUAUUACCGUUAUUAGCGGAAAAUGUCCGGAUAUGGCUUCGUUUUUCUUCUGUUAUUAGUGAUUUCUGUUAGUGGUGACAAUUUUCCAUCCCUUUUAGAUGUUAAUGCGACCCUCGGUAAGAAACCGUACUUAUUUCGAUAUUACCGUUUGCUCAAGUUUGUGAAAUCUUCAGCGAUCAUAAUUGAUCGAGAAUAUAUGGAUGAGAAAUAUGAUGAAGUAAAAGAUGCCAUUGUAGAACAUAUAGCUACAGUACAAAGAGAAAUAUUAAAGCAUGGUGGGGUUAAUGUACAGUACUACUCUUGGACGACGAUAAAUAUUAAAGGUAAAGGUUUUACCCAACAAACGCCCUUGUUAGAAGUACUUUUUCUUUUAGAUAUUACCGCAGUUUUAAGUAUUGCAUCGUGCGACGAUACUUGGAAAAUUUUCGAACUUGCUUACAGGGAAAAUGCUCUUCACAUGGCAAUUACAGAAUCAGAUUGCCCUCGAUUGCCCUCAGAUAGGGCUGUCGUUGUUCCUCUGGUAGACAAUGGUCGGGAAGUGCCUCAGAUGAUUUUAGAUCUACGUGUUGUAAAAUCUUACAAAUGGCAGUCUAUUACAAUGAUAUACGACAGAAGUUUAGGGCGAGAUUUAGUAGAAAAGGUUGUAAAAUCACUAACGCCACAAUCAACAUCAAAAUUCCAAGAUAACGGGGCAUCAGUAAGCUUAGUAAGCCUGUUUUCGAACACUUCUCUGCUAAAUAUUAGACCUUAUUUACAAAAUGUAUUGUCAACGAUUCCCGUGAAAAGUUCUGGCAUGAAUUUUUUGGUUGUUAUUAAACGAGAUUACGUAGAAAUAAUGAUGGAAAUGGCGAGGAGAUUGAAACUUACCCACCCAAGAAAUCAAUGGUUGUAUGUAAUCUCCGAUCAACUUAGAAGCAAUAUCAGCUCGGUGAAGACCUUAUUUUCAGAAGGUGAUAAUAUUUCGUUCAUAUAUAAUACCACAAAAUCUGGAUCAUCUUGCAAGGAAGGACUAUUGUGCCAUGUCAAAGAAAUGAUUAACGGGUUUGUAAAAUCGUUAGAUCUGGCUGUAAUGGACGAAGCAGAAUUGUUCAGUCAAGUAUCUGACGAAGAAUGGGAAGCUAUAAGACAAACCAAAGCAGAUAGAAGUGACUUCCUAUUGCGUGGUUUGGAGAGUCAUUUGCGUCACUAUGGUGAAUGUGGGAAUUGUACAGCGUGGAAAAUAGAAGCUGGAGAGACUUGGGGGGUUGAAUACACCGGGUCCUACGCCUUAGAUUACAAAUUAAUCGAUGUAGGUGUAUGGUCACCCAGCAAAGGUGCCAUUUUGACUGAUGUUCUUUUUCCGCACGUUGAACAUGGUUUUCGGCGAAAAAAUUUACCGGUAGUUUCAUUUCAUAAUCCACCUUGGCAAAUCCUUACGCUGAAUGAUACAGGAGCGGUUUUAGCUUACGAAGGUUUAGUUUUCGACAUUUUAGAGGAAAUAGCGAACAAUUUAAAUUUCACCUUCACCGUUCAAGUGCCUUCAGAGUUAGUAUUAAAGAAUCUUUCGGCCAUCUCCAGAAAUUCCAGCGAUGGUCACAACCACAGGAGGGAAUUAUCCAAUGUUUUGACCAACGUCUUGCCACGACCAAUAGUGAAACUGAUCAAAAGCAAGUCUGUUAUCAUGGCCGCAUGCGGAUUCACCAUUAAACAAGAACAUAAAAGAGUUGUUAACUUUACAAUUCCCAUAAACAUCCAAAGCUACACGUUUCUGGUAGCAAGACCAAAGGAACUAAGCAGAGCGUUGCUCUUUAUGUCACCAUUUACGGAAAAUACCUGGUUGUGUUUGGGGUUGGCCAUUAUAAGUAUGGGUCCAGUGUUGUUUGCUGUAAAUAGACUAAGUCCUGUGUAUGAGUAUAAGGGAAUAGAAAUGAGAGGAGGGUUGUACUCCAUACAAAACUGCGUCUGGUAUAUGUACGGUGCACUGUUGCAACAAGGCGGCAUGCAUCUUCCAUUUGCCGAUAGUGCUAGAAUUGUGGUAGGCACUUGGUGGAUUGUGGUGCUCAUUGUGGCCACAACGUAUUGCGGAAGUCUUGUAGCUUUUCUCACUUUCCCCAAAAUGGACAUCCCUAUGAACAGCAUUGACGAUGUAAUAGCCCGAAAAGAUACAAUCACGUGGAGCGUUGUAAGAGACAGUUACAUGGAUGAACAAUUGAAAGCGUCGUACGAAAACAAUUACAAAAUACUGAGCAGAGGGAUGAAAUACUCGAGAUAUGACCAUAACAUGGUAGUUGACGUCGCCAAGGGAAAGCAUGUUCAUUUUGAUUGGCAAACACGCUUACAUUUCCAUAUGCAAAAUUAUUUCGAAAUAACUGGACGGUGUGAUUUAACACUUGGGACUGAGGUAUAUUUUGAGGAACAAAUUGGGAUAGCAGUUCCGCCUGGAACUCCAUAUUUGAGUAUGCUCAAUUUUCAAAUAAAACGAUUACAUCAAAUGGGUCUGAUUGAAAAGUGGUUUAAAAGUUAUCUUCCCAAAAAAAAUCGAUGUUUUAAGACAAGGCGGUUCACGGAAGUUACAAACCAUACGGUCAGUUUGGAUGAUAUGCAAGGAAGUUUCUUUGUUCUUUUACUAGGUUUCACCCUUGCUUGCUUCUGGCUCUUCGGGGAAAAACUGUGGCAUAGAAGAAAACGCACUACCCAAUUAUCAACUACAACCCCCCAAUAUCUCUCAUAGAAAACAUUAGGUACUACUUGA